AUGUUUUCCAAUAAAUAUAACGUUGAUGGUAGAUUGGUUGUGAUAACUGGGGGGUCACAAGGUUUAGGCUUUGCUCUGGCAAAGAAUUUGUACUUGAAGGGCGCCAAUGUCAUCAUAAUCUCGCGCACCAAAACGAAAUUACUCAACUGCGUGGAAGAGAUCAAGAAACUCAGCCAAAAAGAGGGCCAAUUUGUUGACUACGUGGCAGCGGACCUUUCUAAAUACGAAGAAUGUGAGAGAGUGUAUGAAUACUUAGUUUCAAAGAAAUUACUUCCCGAUGAUCUCAUCUGCUGUGCGGGUAUCGCCUAUCCACAAAAGUUUGCCAAAAUCCCAAUUUCCAAAAUUGAUGAAGGAAUAGAUAUUAACUAUAAGACUGUCGUCUACUUCGUACAUGCUAUGCUCCCUUUAAUCACCGAAAGAGUACGGGAACAACAUCUUGUGCUAUGUUCUUCUGUGAUUGCUUCUUAUGCUUUUUACGGCUACUCACAAUAUGCCCCGAUGAAAGCUGCUGUGAAGGCUUUUGGAGAUUGCAUGCGACAUGAGCUUCUACCGUACGGGGUAAAUGUCCACACUGUAUUCCCCGGAAAUUUUGAAUCAGAAGGCUACGCUCAAGAGAACUUGACAAAGCCCGCUUUAACUAAAGAGAUAGAAGGUGCUUCCCCCGCCAUCUCUGCGGAAAAAUGUGCGGAAAUCGUGGUGAAUUCUCUGCAAAAUGGCAGUCUUUACAUCUAUACCGAUUUUAUCGGCUGGGUCCUGGGAUCUUUUAGCUUAGGACUUAAUCCAAGAGAAUGGUGGUUUGCACAAAUUUUUUUGAGUUUCAUUGGAUCAUUGGUGGGCCGGCUUGUUGAUCUAUAUCAUGAGCAUUUGAUCAGAAGGCAAUCUCGAGAAGAAGCUAAACAAAAAUAAUAAAACGUGUUCAAUUUUUGUUAUUUAUAAAUCUGUCAAUACUCUUAGUGAUGGAGUCCCCCACACCGGAGUAAUCGAGCGAAUAAAUGUAAUUGACACCUUUAAUGACUUCGUGGUUCCAGAUGUCUUUAAUGCUUUCAGUAAGGGUUUUUUCUUUAGAUUCAAGAAUAUUGGACUGAUGAGGAACUGGAAGAUCCCUUUCCUCAAUAAUGCGCGAUGACUCUCUCAAAGAUUGCGAAAUGACUGCUUGAUUCAGACGAAAUUCACGAGCUGUGAGGUAAGCUAUGGAGCCUGUGAGCAGCACGCCACCUAAAAAUCCGUGG